AAGAGCUAGAAAAUAGCGCAGUUGUGGGCUACCUAUCAGCUAUGCACUGGUUGUUCCUCAUAUCCCUGGUCCUUCUCGCGGAUGCCGCUAAGAACAGGUAUAAUCUGAAAGGAUGCUACCGUAGAACGGGACGAGUCUACGAGGAUAAGCUUCAACGUCGAAUUUACGAACACCACGCAUACGAUUUUGAUGCAUUGCCAUUGGCUUGGGAUUGGCGUAAUGUCGAUGGAGUCAACUACGCCUCGGUUGAUAGGAAUCAACAUAUUCCACAGUACUGCGGAUCUUGCUGGGCAAUGGGAGCCACAUCAGCUCUUGCCGAUCGCAUCAAUAUCAAACGAAAAAAUAAGUGGCCAUCUGCAUAUCUCUCCGUGCAGGAAGUGAUUGACUGCGCUGGUGCUGGAACCUGUGUGGCUGGAGGAGAACCAGGGGAUGGAACUUGCAAUCCUUAUAAUCGAUGUGGAUCUUGCUGGCCAGGAGAUUGCUUCUCUAUAAACAACUACACACUUUAUAAAGUGAGAGAGUACGGAACUGUCAGAGGCAUAGACAAGAUGAAAGCUGAAAUCUACCAUCAUGGUCCGAUCGCCUGUGGAAUUGCUGCGACAAAGGCUUUCGAGAACUACGCUGGAGGAAUUUAUAAGGAAGCCACCGAUGACGACAUCGACCACAUAAUUUCUGUCCACGGUUGGGGUGUCGACCAUGACAGUGGGGUUGAAUACUGGAUUGGGCGAAACUCGUGGGGUACCCCAUGGGGUGAGAAUGGAUGGUUCCGAGUAGUCACAUCUACUUACAAAGACGCUGGUAGCAAGUUUAAUCUCAAGAUCGAAGAAGACUGCGUCUGGGCAGACCCGAUUGUUGAUAAUUUGUGAUUCAUAGAUCAAAGGGAAACAUCAUUUUCUUGUCAAUACUGGGUACAACACAUGAAUA